CCGAGGGGUUAAUUGGGGUCGAGGUGGAAGUUCAGGAAGUUGAUCGUCAUGUCCAAACCGGCCAGUGUGCAGGUGAGCCUGUGAAUCACGCCCUCGGCCGUGCGGGGGAUGGUUGCCAACUCUGGCCUCGUCGGUGGAGCUCGCUAGCACCAAGAGGUUUUAUAUCAAACAUGAGGGCGACCCGCGUUCCACACAUCUUAGUGCGUGUCUGCGUCCUGUCCUCUUUGAUCCACCUGUUCUGUUCUACCUGUACCGGAGCCGCGGCCUCUCAUCACCUCGCGCUGAGGCGCAGCAGUCGGAGUCAUCAGAGCGCACAAAAGCACAAAGACGCGCACCACCAACACCACCACCACCGGCCGCUCACGGACGAGCAGAAAGCGGACCAGAACCUGCAGUUCAUGUUGAGUUUGUACCAGAGCGCAGCCGAACCGGACGGCAGGCCCAAACAGCACCGAAAGUUCGGCUCCAACACCGUGCGUCUGCUGAAACCGUCGGCGUCUUCGGUGCACUACCUGCCGGCGUCACGAGACCACCACUACAGUUUCACCGUACAGUACAACGUUGACACUCUUCCCUCGGAGCAGCUCGUCAGAGCCUCGUUCAUCCAUCUCCGCUCUCCCUCCUCCGCCACAACCUUGAGCACCACCCAGACCCCCGAGCCACCCCGCUGCAGGGCUCAGAUCACCUCGCUGGGCAAAGAGAGCCAGGUCACUCUGGAGCCCCAUGAGCGGUGGACGGAGACGGACAUCACCGCACACGUCCAGCGGGAGAAGAACCAAGACGCGGGGGGACACUUGACCCUAACAGCCCAGUAUUGGUGCACGGAGCCCAGGCUUCCUGAAGAGAACGGCAGCCUCUUGUGGUGGUGGUGGAAUCAUCUUCAAGGAAGUAAAAGAUGGAGCGGUGAACCUCAUCUUGAAGUCCCGUCUCUCCUUUUAUACCUUGAGGAGGAGAGGGAAGUGAAGGACUGGAUGGGCGACUUGCUUGGGACUGAAGGGGAGAAUAUCAUGAGGCAAAUGGGGCUAUGGCAUCCUUCGGUUCGCCGUCGCCGCUCCAAAGACCUUUCGGAGUCCAAGGAUCAUUCGCUGGACGUUCUGAAAAACGCCCCAAUGUCUUCCUCCUCUUCUUUCUCCACCUCCCCCUCCGACUCCAUCGUCUCGGAUAUCCCCAACUACAAACGCAAAACCAGCGUUCCCAAGAACCGCUGCAAGCUGCACUCGUUCCGCCUCUCCUUCGACGAGCUCGGCUGGGGUCACUACUUCAUCGCUCCGCCGGUGUACAACCCGCGGUUCUGCCAGGGCAACUGCCCGCGGGUGCUCCACUACGGCUACCAUUCCCCGAACCACGCCAUCAUCCAGACGGUCAUCAACGACCUUGGCGUCGGUGACGUUCCCCCUCCGUCAUGCGUGCCUUACAAGUACAUGCCCAUGAGCGUGCUGGUCGUGCACAAGAAGAAAGUGGAGUACCGGGAGCUGGAGGACAUGGUGGCCGAGUCGUGCACAUGUCGCUAAGAGACUUGAUCGACUCAAGCGCUGAGAAAAGAGACAAAAACGGCGGGGCGGAUUCUGGUGGGUCAUGACACUGGAAACAGGAAGUUGUUGUGGUCUCAGAUCUUCACCGUCCCUGAUGAAGCACUUUAAAAGGCAGCUGCUGAUUGUAACGCUGGCCUGUAAAGAACUAUGCAGAUGAUUCAUGUGUAUGUAUUCGUGUGUAUUUAGUGAUUAUUCUGGGGGGCGGUAAUUGUUGUGUGAUCUGUUUAAAGCACUGUGCAGACUGGUGAGUGUGUUGGCUGCUAUAUUCAUAGUCACUAAUGUAGUUUUCCAAAGGGAGCUGACAAAUUUGGACGCACUUUAACCCAUUUGAGGGUAAUUUACCAAACUUUAAGUGAACUUUGCUAUUCCUAACUAACAAAAUGUAUUUAACUUUGACAGUAACUUGAUAAAACUGACCAAACAUCAGUCCAGGAGUUUGUCUGUAGGAUGUAAAAUCCAUCUAUUGGACAUAAUCGUUCCUCUUUUCUUUUUCUUUUAAAAUCCUGAUCUGUGUUUCACGUCAGGGCUUCAAUCUUCAAGAAGAACCAUCAGAGAAGUCUGUUCAUGUGUUUAAUGUCUCUGGAUAACGUGUUGGCAUAUCCCUCUGUACAAACUGCAUAGAAAAACAAUUUUAACGGACGAGGGGUUGACCGUGUUGGAUGUAACUGUAAAGACCGUGUGAUGUGUGAUGAUAACAAUCUAAACUUUAGCAUUUUGUACAUAUUUAUAACGGGAGGAAGAUCUCCAAGAACACGGAAAACAAAAAACAAAAAAACAAAAAAAUGUGCUGCUACCGGCCUGCCUUAGGAAAAAAAAUGCACACAAUGGAAAAAAUUAAGAAGAGUUGCAACAGUGUGGAAUGUUAAAGAAAACAAACAAGUGUUAUCGUGGAAAGGAAUGCAGAUUUUAUUACAAAUUAGCAAAUAAUAAUAAAAUAAAAAUGCAUGUUUUCUAAAAUGUAA